UCUGUCUAUUUCUCUGUCUCCAAAGUUCCCAUGCUUUGUUUACACUUUUGACUCUCAUUGUUUUCAUUUUUAGGCCUUUGAUUGUCCAUUGAUUUGUUAGUAUUUUCCAAUCAAAUUGUUAACUUUUUUGGUGAUUUAAUCUCCGUAAUCAUGGCGAAUGUUGAUCUUGAACUGAAGAAACAUUUCAAAGAAUUACAAAUGAAAGUUGGUGAAACUCGAGGGAAAAUGCGACAAAUUGACACAACAAUUGAUAUUCUUAAUCGUAGUAGUCAACGUUAUCGAUUAACAUUGUCCGAAGUGAAGAAUCUUCCCGAAUCCAUAACUACUUAUCAAUCGAUUGGUCGGAUGUUUGUUAAAACCAAAAAGGAUGAAAUUGAAAGUGAUUUAAGUGAUGCGAUCAAGAGUAAUACCGAUAAAUGUCAAGAAUUGGAAAAGAAUAAAGUUUAUCUUGGUAAAAGUUUGAAGGAAAAGGAAGACAGUAUUAGGGAAUUGAUCUCACAAAAACAAUCACAAUUAAGUUGAUUUUGUAAAGUGAAGAAAAACAAAAUGGACUAAUUAUGUUCCCUCAGAAAACACAAAUAAAUAGCCUUUUGCUUUUUUCCAAUUUCA